UGGGAGACCGAGCCUGCAAAGAGAGCCGCGCCCCCAUUGGCCAACCGGCGAGUCCCGCGCGGCUCCUCCUGGGAGUUGUAGUCCCAUGAGCCGCUGGUCCCUGCGACUCGCGGGUGUGACGUUGAAGAUGUCGGCCCUCUGAGCUGACUGCGGUGGUAAAGAGUAGGUUGUAUGCUACUGAGAGUGUCCUUCAGAAGAUCUUAAAGAGCAGAAAACCAAUUGGUUCAGUGUAACACAGCCAGCCUCUAGAGACUUCUCUCUGAGUUGGAAUGAUAAUGACCGAAUCCCGGGAAGUUAUAGACUUAGAUCCCCCAGCUGAGACUUCCCAGGAGCAGGAAGACCUUCUCAUAGUGAAGGUGGAAGAAGAAGACUGCACCUGGAUGCAGGAGUACAAUCCGCCAAUGUUUGAGACUUUUUACCAGCGCUUCCGGCACUUCCAGUACCAUGAGGCUUCAGGACCCCGGGAGGCUCUCAGCCAACUCCGGGUUCUCUGCUGUGAGUGGCUGAGGCCCGAGCUACACACUAAGGAGCAGAUCCUGGAGCUGCUGGUGCUGGAGCAGUUCCUGACUAUCCUGCCUGAAGAGUUCCAGCCCUGGGUGAGAGAACAUCACCCUGAAAGCGGAGAAGAGGCAGUAGCCGUGGUAGAAAAUAUACAGCGAGAACUUGAGGAACGCAGACAGCAGAUUGUUGCCUGCCCUGAUGUGCUUCCUCAGAAGAUGGCACCACCUGGAGCAGUGCAAGAGUCCUUUAGUCACCAGCCCCUGACUGUGGACACCCAGCUUGAGCAAGCGCCACAGAAGCCUCAUCUCCUGGAGGAAAAUGCCCUUCCUGUUCUCCAAGUUCCUUCCCUUCCCCUGAAGGACAGCCAGGAGCUGACAACUUCACUUCUCUCAACUGGGUCCCAGAAGUUGGUGAAAAUUGAAGAGGUCGCUGAUGUGGCUGUAUCCUUCAUCCUGGAGGAAUGGGGACAUUUGGACCAGUCCCAGAAGUCCCUUUAUAGGGAUGACAGGAAGGAGAACUAUGGGAGUAUUACUUCCAUGGAUUAUGAGUCCAGGGACAAUAUGGAGCUCAUGGUGAAGCAGGUUUCUGAUGACACCGAAUCACACUGGGUGGCCCCGGAACACACGGAAAGGAGUGUUCCCCAGGGUCCAGACUUGGCAGAAGUCAGUGACCUUAAGGGCAUGGUACAAAGGUGGCAGGUCAACCCCACCGUGGGGAAAUCAAGGCAGAAUUCUUCCCAAAAGGAUCUGGGCGCAAUCACAGAUGUCAGCCGUAAGCAAAGCACACAUGGCGAGAGAGGCCACAGAUGCAGCGAUUGUGGCAAAUUCUUCCUCCAAGCCUCAAACUUUAUUCAGCAUCGGCGCAUCCACACUGGAGAAAAACCGUUUAAGUGUGGAGAGUGUGGGAAGAGCUACAAUCAGCGUGUGCACCUCACCCAGCACCAGCGUGUCCACACAGGGGAGAAACCCUACAAAUGUCAGGUGUGCGGAAAGGCUUUCCGGGUGAGUUCCCACCUGGUUCAGCACCACAGUGUCCACAGCGGAGAGAGGCCCUAUGGCUGCAAUGAGUGCGGGAAGAACUUCGGUCGCCAUUCGCAUCUGAUUGAACACCUGAAACGCCACUUCAGGGAGAAAUCCCAGAGAUGCAGUGACAAAAGAAGUAAGAAUGCAAAAUUAAGUGUUAAGAAGAAAAUUUCAGAAUUUUCAGAAGCAGACAUGGAUCUGUCGGGAAAAACCCAAAGAAACAUUUCUCAAGGUCAAGAUUUUGGGGAAGGCUGUGAGCUCCAAGGCAAGCUGGAUAGAAAGCAGGGAAUUCCCAUGAAAGAGAUACUAGGACAGCCCUCUUCAAAGAGGACAAACUGUAGUGAAGUCUCAUAUGUCCACAAAAAAUCCUCCACUGGAGAGAGACCACAUAAAUGUAAUGAGUGUGGGAAAAGCUUCAUUCAGAGCGCACAUCUUAUUCAACAUCAAAGAAUACACACUGGGGAGAAACCAUUCAGGUGUGAGGAAUGUGGGAAAAGCUACAACCAACGCGUGCACCUAACUCAGCAUCAGCGCGUCCACACAGGUGAGAAGCCCUACACCUGUCCUUUGUGUGGGAAAGCCUUCAGAGUGAGGUCCCACCUUGUUCAGCAUCAGAGUGUGCACAGUGGGGAGAGACCCUUCAAGUGUAAUGAAUGUGGGAAAGGCUUUGGCAGGCGUUCCCACCUGUCUGGACAUCUGCGACUCCACUCCCGAGAGAAAUCCCAUCAGUGUCGUGAAUGUGGAGAAAUCUUUUUUCAGUAUGUUAGCCUGAUUGAACAUCAGGUGCUCCACAUGGGUCAGAAAAAUGAAAAAAGUGGCAUCUGUGAGGAAGCAUAUAGUUGGAACUUGACAGUGAUUGAAGACAAGAAGAUUGAGUUGCAAGAGCAGCCUUAUAAGUGUGAUAUCUGUGGAAAAGCCUUUGGUUACAGUUCAGACCUCAUUCAGCAUUAUAGAACUCAUACUGCAGAGAAGCCCUAUAAAUGUGAUAUAUGUAGAGAAAAUGUUGGCCAGUGUUCCCACACCAAACAACAUCAAAAAAUCUACUCCAGCACAAAGUCCCAUCAAUGUAAUGAAUGUGGCAGAGGCUUCACUCUGAAGUCACAUCUUAAUCAACAUCAGAGAAUCCAUACUGGUGAGAAACCUUUUCAAUGUAAAGAAUGUGGAAUGAAUUUCAGCUGGAGUUGUAGUCUCUUUAAACACCUGAGAAGCCAUGAGAGGACAGAUCCCUUAAAUACCUUAAGUGUACAGGGGUCUCUGCUGUAGAAUAGCUCUUACUCAAUUUUAGAGAAGCCUUCCUGGAGGGAAACCAUACUCCAUAAUGAACGAAGUAACAGCUUCAAGCAUUUUUCCAGUGUGACCAUCAGACCUACAGAUUGAAACCCUUUAGUUAGAACUCAGUCUUUAGGAACGUCGGAGAACCCACAAUAAUAGAUACCUGUUCACGUUCCCCACAGAGAAAUGCUUAGAUAGCAUCUUCAUGCUUGGGACUCUAGACAAGAAGAGAAUCCAUGGACAUGGUCGAGAAAGGAAAGCCUUCGGAUGACAUUCAGUCUUCACUUGAACUCAAAACUGACACUAGGAACAUCCUCAUGAGUUCAGUAGAAAUAAGCUUUAUUGUAGCUUCUGCCUUGUUUGAUGGCCUAUCUGUUCAGGGAAGCACACAGUGAAAGAAUUCUUCAGCAUGAUGUCCAUUUUGGUACCUCAUCAAUGAACCUUUUCUAGAAAUUAUUAUUCCAACCACUAGAAUAUCCCAGUCACUAUUCCCACUUUGAGCAUUAGCCCCUUGGAAAAGAAACAGAUUUAAAGUAUCUCUAUCUUGGCAAAAUUGGGGUUCAGGGGCUGGAUGGUAUGUGUUCCUGCUGCCUUAUUCAAUCUAUAACUUAUCUGUGAAAUGCUCU